AUGCCGUUGGAAGUAUGCAAUUUGGAUAAGCCGUUUAGGAGAUAUCACGUUUGUACUGAAGACUGGUCCACAGCCGGCCGAACGCACUCGGCCGGACAGGAAGGGUAUUGGCUUCGCUCGGCCUUCUCCAGGACCGAUCCGGCCGCACGACCGCACCGUCCGACCCGGGAGGCAAUGGACCACGAUCGACCGAGAUCAUCACAUCACGGCCGACCAGACCGUGCGACCCGGGAAGCAAAGGACCAAACUAUUCACCUUGUGAAGGAUCACUUCUUGCUUGUGAAAGUCAAUUGA